AUGUCGCCGGCUGGGGACGAGAGCUCCGAGGAGGAGAGCCAGGGCGGCCCGGAUGCUAGCCGCAUCUGCACUGAGUUGAGCACGGUGCUGGAUGCCCAGCGCCUACGUGGUGUUCCCCUGCAUUGGGCACUCCAACUGCGGCAUUGGGCGAACGUGGAAGGCCAGGUGAGUCAGGCGACAAACGCAAAGAACUACAGCGAUCUGAGUCGUCCAGUCAAGGCGCUAGACUCUUUCGUAAGCCACGACUGGGCUUCAAGCGGUUUUCUGAAAGUCCUGUCGUUGCUGAUCAUCUACAACUCCCGUGCUGCAUUUUGCACCAGCCUCGUGGUCAGUAUCCUUGUGGGAGUCCUACGGGGCUUUGGCCGGCUGCCCAACGAGCACUGGACGGUGGUCUUCGGAUUUUUCUCCUUCUUCGUCGUCUUUGGUUUUUGGCCCCAGCUCCUGAGGCCCUUCCGACGCCCCACCAUGGUCUUCGUGGACAAGCUGUGCAUUGCGCAGCAUGACGCCGGCUUGAAAAGGGACGGUAUCAUGGGAAUGCCGGCCUUCCUUCUGAACUCAAAUGAUCUCAUCAUCUUGUUCACAUCGAAUUACUGCAAGCGACUAUGGUGUUGCUUCGAGAUGGGUACGUUCUUGAAGGAUGUGUCGAGGCAGAGGAACAUCCGGAUCAUGCCCUUGAUGACAGCUCAACUCCUUUGUUUGGCUUCCGGGAUCUGGUUUCUCUUGGUCAUCGGCUGGAAUGUCCUGUAUUACGAGUUCAUUACUUUUUCGGGGGAAAUCAAGUCUGGCCAGAACCCGUUGACAACAGGCAUGGUGCUCAAUGGCGUGAUGCUGCUCGUGGCUGCUGCGGCAGUUCUGCCACUCUUCUAUCUGGGCAUCGAGCUAGUCGCGGAAAUGGACGAAGCAGUUGGGCAGCUCGCAGCAUUUUCAGUGCAGGACGCUGACUGCUUCUGCUGCUCCAUCAACCACCGGCAUCCGCGCACAGGAGCGCAGCUGCCAUGUGACAGGCAGAUGAUGUACAGCAUGCUGAGCAAGUGGUAUGCCCCCGAGCGAGAAGGAUUGGAGUCUGACCGUCUUCCUCUCGACAAGUUUGAUCUCAAGAUCCGCAAAGAGCUGGCUCCACGCAUUGUAGCGGUUGCAAGUGGCUUUGCCUUGCCCUGGAACUACACACUGUACAUGGUCGGCGCGAGCAGUGUUCCAUACAUUGCAGACCCCAUCGCGAGGUGGAUUGCCGCUUAUAACUCUGAUGAUGGCCUUUCUGGUUAUGCUUUCUUUGUUUGGAGCUUGCGAGUGGCAGCGCGGUGGGGUACAGUGGCAUUGGCCAGCCUUUUGGCGGUUCGGAUAUCUUUGCCGCUUUGGAAGCUUGGCCUCCGGGUAUGUUGGAAAGACUCGAGAAAGGUCCGUUGGCUCAUCGUGCUCUUGACCUCCAUGGUUGUAGUGAUUUUUACCUCCUUGGUCUGGGGUUCGGUUUUCUUCUCUUUGGGGCAAACCGCAGACGAUCAACUGCUUCCGGUGCUUCUUCUUCUAUGCUGGUUUCUGUGUGCUUGUGGACUCCACUGGAGGUUCUCGGCCGGCAGGAGCUUUCAUGGCAGUGAUGCGCAGACAAAGCACACCGAUCAGUCGGGAGCAACCAAGUCAUCCUGUGCUCCCUGUGAACUGGCGGGUAUUGGGAACAUCGACUGCCCGGCGAUGGGCGGUAAAGGUCCGGAAGACAACUCAACAGUUGCCGCCUGCGCCAGCCAAUGUGACGCCCCUCGCCCGGACGCGGGCGUGACCUUGGCCCCUGCAGUUGCGAACCCAGGCCUCAGCCGGGUGGCAUCGAGUCCGGAGGAAAUGGUCUCUGCGCCCGUCUCGCCACCACUGCCUCCAGCAGAAGGGGAGACCGCCCUGGCUACCAGAGCUCAGGUCGCCGACCGCAUGACUACAACAACUCCCUAUGGCAAAGCCCCCGAGUACUUUCCCAUGGUUGUCUACCGCAGCCCCGGCGACGCUGUGGCCACGAAACUCCCGGCGGUUGGGAAUCCGGACUUGCCCUGGCCUGUGGAGCUGCCGGCGCUUCUGCAGGAGCGCCUUAGAGUUGGGGUUGGCUGGGUCUCCGAACAAGAAGAAGGGCGGAGAAGAACCAGAUGA